AUGCGGCAAUGUAGCUCUUCAUAUCGGAUGUCUGGUUUAGAUCGGCGAACAAACGUAGACGUUCAAAUUUUAAGUGCUGCCAGUAAAGCGAUUGCGGAAAAAUGCUUUUGGAACGCAUGCAAAGCGUUAUCUUUUGGAUUGUUUCUGAUGGCUGUCGGAGCCAUAAUGGCCAUUAUUGGAUAUUACGCGGAACAGCUUUCAUCAGAUGACAUUGUCACGAAAACCGACAGUGGUAAUUCGAGUACAUCCAUACGUACGACAAAAACAACAAAAAAAUCAUCCCAUAUAUAUAAAUUGUCAUAUGCCGGACCAAUUGUGAUGGGCGUUGGAGGGUUCAUCGUUGUGGCGGCGUGCGUGAUGACAUUCGAGGCGCGCGAUAGGGCUGCCAAAUUUAUGUCCAACCAAUUAAAAAUAAUGGGCAGCGGCGUCGGCGGCGGCCAGGUGUCUGGUCAUCGCGGCCAUGGUCGGCAGACACCGUCCGCCGGUUACCUGUCCAGGGGCGACAGCGGCCGAAGCAGCUACCAAAACCCGUGCGACGGUGGACGGCACAAGAUGAACAAGAGCCCGUCGGCGCCCAACUUGGCGGCGGCUGCGUUGGCGUCUGCGAACCGCGGACCCGGAGGCGCCACACAGUCGGGCGUCGGUAGGCUGCCCCUCAGGCACAAGCAUGCGGUGCACGUUCUGUCGUCGGGCGGUGGUGGCGGCGGCCGAGCACUGCUCAGUCCACACACUUUGCGCCGACAGGCCAUGUCGAUGGACACGCAAGACUACAACCCGCUGUUCUCUCCACCCCGAUCCCGGCACAGCAGUUCGGGCCUGUUGACCUACAGCAACAGCAACAACUUUGGAAAUUUCAACUGCGGCAACGGCAACAAGCAAGGCGGCGACGGCAGCAGGGAGUCGGUCAACGACCCGAUGAGGACGUCAUCCAGGGGAUCUCGAGGUUCGAUGGUACUGGACCUACACGUGCCCAACGAGUGUCCGGUGACGAUGCGGGUGCGGGACAGAAGCCGCAGGUCGGACACGGCCCGACGGCACGUUCUGCGCAGGCAAACACCUGUCGAGCUGGACGACACGAUAAUCGCGUAUGCAGCGGCCUCGGCCAUGGCGGCCGACCAUCACCGGCAGCGGGCCAAGCGGUGCACGCGGUCGGCCACUUGUGACGUGCCACACGCGAUCAAGUCGAAGCGCAGGCGACAGAACUCCAGUUGCUCGGACGUGGUGGCGGCCCGCCGUAGAUCCGGUUCGCCGGUGUGCGCUGGCACUGGCGGUGUCGGGGGCCGCGGCGGUGGCGGCGGAUGGCGUUCGUCGGCCAACGACGUCGUUGAUGCCGCUGAGUGGGCCAGGACCGCAAACCGUGGCACUGGUAGCGGUUCGGCCGCGUCGUCGCCGCAACGGUUUGCCGAUGACCGUUCGCCUGGGUCGACACCCGUACGACAACAGUCCCAGCCGACCACUGUCGCAACCGAAGGUAGCAAAAUGUCGUUGUCCAGGACGUGUUCCGACAUUAUGUCCAUCGAUAAGUCGUUUGAAGAGUCCAAUUACAGUAGUUCGUAGAUUUAUAGAUGCUUCACUAUGCGUAUAAAACCGGAUUCAUAGCUAGAUCGUGUGUCGUGUCGUGUCGAUCAAAUCGCAUUGUGAUUGGACGUUACUUUUUGGCGUCAUGUAAUUACCAAAUUGUGACUGACCAUAUCAAGAAUUGAUUGAAGCUCAACUCAUAAACCAACCAUAUUGGUUACCAGUUGUUACCAUAGUUACCACGACCUCUCUCGAUACGACACACGAUGUAACGAUGAAUCCGGCUUAACCAUAAUCGAUUCGUUAGUGAUUCCGGUCAGGACCAUGGUUAUUUACUAGUACAUAACCGUAGUCGAGACGGCAGCACACACGUAUAAUAAUAUUAUUAAACAAACAUACAUAAUACACUACAUAAGACGUCAACUGCAAAUACCUACUUAAGCAGCGAAAUAAUAAUAUAUACUUUGUAUACUGCAUGGCAUAAUAUUAUGUAACUUAAAUCGCAGGCUUACACGAAUUUAGGUACCUAACUGACAUCCGAUAUAAAUUAUUACCGUUGUAGUAUUAAUGUAUUAUAUUAUAUUUUUUUACAUCCUCAACAUUAUCGUUGCAUCGUUCAAAACGAUUAUACAUAUGUUCAGUCACCAAACAUCGAUAUAUUUACCUACCGAAUGAUCCAAUUCACGUAAGAAAAUCAUUAUUUAAAAAACAAUUAACCUUUUGAAAAAUAUUUUAAAAACUUAAUUUCAAGUAACAAAAAAAAA